AUGGAGGUUAAAUUGGCAUUUUUGCGACAAUGGGACGAACUUUUUGCAGCUGUUGGGAAGCUGAAGAUUGAGGAGCUAAAGAAUCAUGCAGCUAUGAUGCUAAUUGAACGAAUUGAUGAUGAUAAUGCAUUAAAUAUCCUCAAGAUGAGCAACAAGUAUGAACAUGCAGAACUAAGAUUAAGUGCUUUUAAUAAAUUUAAAGCAUGUCACCCAAAAAUUGAAUUUAAAGACGAAUGGGCUGAAGAUGUCGACAUGUUGAUUAAAAUUCUUGAUGCAUUUAACAUGAAAGAGGAAGCGAUCAGAAAAGCUGAAGAAGAAUUUAAGAAACUGGUCACAACAUUCUAA